CAGGCUCUGCGUUUGUGAGGAUAUAAGGUGUCGACCUGGCAACACUAUUUCUGUCUUCCGGCCUGCAGCGGGAAGCGUUGGCGUGGGGGCGUGGCGGAUGAAUAUUUAUGACCUCGGCAGUACCGAGGGUUAUAUGUAAUUAUCCAUCACGCAGAUUGGUGAUUGGCUGGACGGUCUGAUUAAUAAUUCAGAAGCCCGUUGGCGGGCUUUCGAGGUACAGGCUAGGCAGGAGCCAGGGGGCGGGGCUAUGCAGAUGAGGCGGGAGUUGGAGGCUGGGGCAGGGAAGAUGGCGGCAGAUCGGAGCCGCUCGCCCAUUGGGGGCUCCCCGGUGCCGGCCUGUAUGUUCGCCCCGGAGCCCGGCUCCCUCGGCGGGGCGGCCCAGGCGGCAGCCUCCGCCUGCCCCCAUCGCGCGGCCUUCGGCUCAGACUGCAGCGAGGACGGGGAGGCGCUCAACGGGGAGCCCGAGCUCGACCUCACCAGUAAGUUGGUGAUGGUGAGUCCCACAUCGGAACAGUAUGACAGCCUGCUUCAGCAGAUGUGGGAGAGAAUUGAUGAGGGAUGUGGGGAGACAAUCUAUGUAAUCGGGCAAGGGUCAGAUGGGACUGAAUAUGGUCUGAGUGAGGCAGAUAUGGAAGCAUCCUAUGCCACAGUGAAGAGUAUGGCAGAGCAGCUUGAGGCAGAUGUGAUACUCCUGCGGGAGCACCAGGAGGCAGGGGGCAAGGUGCGCGACUACCUUGUUCGGAAACGUGUGGGUGACAACGACUUCCUGGAGGUCAGGGUGGCAGUGGUUGGCAAUGUGGAUGCAGGAAAAAGCACGUUGCUGGGUGUUCUGACACAUGGUGAACUGGACAAUGGCCGGGGCUUUGCCCGGCAAAAGCUCUUCCGCCACAAACAUGAGAUUGAGUCGGGUCGUACCAGCAGUGUGGGCAAUGACAUCUUGGGCUUUGACAGUGAGGGCAAUGUGGUAAACAAGCCUGACAGCCAUGGCGGCAGCCUGGAGUGGACCAAAAUAUGUGAGAAAUCCACCAAAGUCAUCACUUUCAUUGAUUUGGCUGGGCAUGAGAAGUACCUGAAGACCACAGUCUUUGGCAUGACUGGCCACCUACCAGAUUUCUGCAUGCUUAUGGUUGGCAGCAAUGCUGGGAUUGUUGGGAUGACCAAGGAGCACCUGGGCCUAGCACUAGCACUCAAUGUUCCAGUCUUUGUUGUGGUGACAAAAAUCGACAUGUGUCCUGCCAACAUCUUGCAAGAAACUCUGAAGCUGUUACAGCGACUUCUGAAGUCCCCAGGGUGCAGGAAGAUUCCAGUGCUGGUUCAGAGCAAAGAUGAUGUCAUUGUAACAGCCUCCAACUUCAGCUCAGAGAGGAUGUGCCCAAUAUUCCAGAUUUCCAAUGUUACUGGUGAGAAUCUGGAGUUGCUUAAGAUGUUUCUCAAUCUCCUGUCUCCCCGAACAAGUUACAGGGAGGAAGAGCCAGCAGAAUUUCAGAUAGAUGACACUUACUCUGUCCCGGGUGUGGGAACAGUUGUGUCUGGGACAACACUGAGAGGCCUGAUCAAACUAAAUGACACCUUGCUUCUGGGUCCAGACCCAUUGGGCAACUUCCUGCCCAUUGCUGUCAAGUCCAUCCAUCGCAAACGCAUGCCAGUGAAGGAAGUGCGUGGUGGCCAGACUGCUUCCUUUGCUCUGAAAAAGAUCAAACGUUCCUCCAUCCGGAAAGGUAUGGUGAUGGUUUCUCCCCGGCUGAAUCCACAAGCAUCCUGGGAAUUUGAAGCAGAGAUUCUGGUCCUGCAUCAUCCCACCACCAUCAGUCCACGCUAUCAGGCCAUGGUGCAUUGUGGCAGCAUCCGCCAGACAGCCACUAUCCUCAGCAUGGACAAAGACUGUCUAUGGACAGGGGACAAGGCUACCGUGCACUUCCGCUUCAUCAAGACCCCCGAGUACUUACAUAUAGACCAGCGGCUGGUCUUCCGUGAGGGCCGUACAAAAGCAGUGGGUACUAUUACCAAGUUACUCCAGACCACCAACAACUCUCCAAUGAACUCCAAACCCCAGCAAAUCAAGAUGCAGUCAACAAAAAAGGGACCUCUUACGAAACGAGAGGAUGCUGUGCCCCCAGGUGGAACAGCAGCUGGGGGGCCUCCGGUGGGGGAUGAAGCAGCUUCAUCAGGAUCAACACCAUCAGUACCUUCUAGUGCCCUGCAACCACAGACUGCACUGGAUGAAGAGCCCCACAACCGAGAGGGCAAUAAGUCAAAAGCUGGAGGAGGGGGCCGGCGACGUGGGGGCCAGCGCCAUAAAGUGAAGUCUCAGGGGGCUUGUGUGUGCUGAAUUUUUUUCUUUCCCCACUCUGAGGAAUUCUCCCCCUCCCUCCAUUUUGUAGCCAAGAGAUCCAGAGCAGCUUAAACCAAAACCCAUCCAGCUGAUCUGCUGCAGAAGAACCUUCCCUCCCAAGGAAUGACAGAGGGGUUGUAACUUAUAAUAAGCUAAUGAAGGUGACGAGACACAUGGAACUGAUUGACUGACACCUUCCUCCUCCCUCUACCCCCAACACACUUUUGUACAACCCGAGCUCUUAAUUUUUAUUCUUUUUAUUAAUAUGCAUGAAGAUGAGCAGAAAAUCCAGAUACAUUGGAGAAGAGCCAUUUGGCUGCUUCCAUUUCCCAUCUGGUCUUAACCUUCUACACUGUCUCCAGUCCAUUGGCAUUAGAAGACCUGUAACUUCAGGGUUUAAAAUAUACUGAAUAGUGGGUGGUCCUAGGGGUCAGCAAUUCCUCACCCUCCCGUAAGGUGCCAAAUGAGUUCUGGACUCACCCUGUCUUAAACUGUUUUUAAAUGGAUUAAUUUUAAUGUGGCAGUGACUGCAGUUUGGAGGGGGAUGCAGAAAACUGAACAGAUGGACCUUAAAGAGGAAGGUGAAUUCAAGAGAGAUCCUUGACCUUAAGUAGGUAUGUUUAACUUUUUUCCUCAGUACUUCUCCCCUCCUCCCCAAGUUUAAGGCCAAUAGCUGUUUAAUCCCACCUCUGAGUAAAGUUUCUAAGUACAGAGGUUACUUUCCCAUCCCAUCCUUCCUCUUCUCACCUCUGUUCAAUGCAUGCUCGAACAAUUCUUACCUACCCUCGAGGCCCUGGCAGCAGAGUAACAUAGUGAGAAUGUUUGUUUGUUUCAGACUGCUCUGUGGGGCAGAAACACUGUGGCCUGUCACCAGUAUAUGUCUCCUCUAUGACUAGACAAUAUCACAAGAGGAACAGUCCUCUUGAGGUUGGAAAUUGAAAACAAAUGCCAUCCUCAUUUGAUGGCCUGCUCCUAGUGCUCCUUUCUCUCCUGGAACUCACAGGCCAGGCUUUGCCAUGGCAGUGAUAAGAUUGGUCAGUCCUACACUUUGCAGAAGAGGGAAGUGAUUAGUUGGUACCAAGCUUUAGGGAAGCACUUUCAGCCUAAGGACCCCAUGGAGAUUUUAUAUCUUUUAUUUUUUAAAAAAAAAUCUAGUUUCUUGGACAAACCUACCAGGACACUCCUGAAGUGACUUUAUUUUAUCCGUAUCAUGUCCUUUUACCUCAGACUUUAUAGCUGGUCACCUCCAAACUUGUUCUCUCCUCUCCCAUCCCUGAGGUGAGCGUCAAGGACAUUGAUUAUCCUCCUGACUAGUGGGAAGCUUAAUAUCUUGAGGGAGGAGGCAGAACUAUCGCUUUGUACUUAGAAUGAAGUCAGUCACUGUUCUUUGUUUCAGGGGGCUUCCACCUUUGGAAGCUGUUAACUAUAGAAACUUAAAGCCUAAACCCAUCUUUGAGGAUAAACAGAAUGGAAGUGGAGAGUAAGAGCAUGGUUCCUCCCGAGCCAGUUGCUUACCUGCCAGAGGUCUCUCAGGAGAAACUAUAAGCAACUACACUAUUAAUAGCAUCCCAGUUGUGAAGGAGUAUGAAGUGUUGCUAGCAAAACAUGGACGCCUGCUUCAUUCAUACUCAGACCUUAUAGUAGCAUUAAAAGUCCAUCUAAUUUCACUGCUCUUAAGGGAGGCAGAGAAUUUUAGACUUUCUUCAUGCCUCAGCCUGUUUUCCUCUUUCUUCAUUCCUUGUGCCCAAGCUGAAAGAGGGAAGCCUGGGCCCGAAGAGGAUUUGCGUAAGUUCACGCUAAGGAGGUGGUAUGAUCUCCUUUUUGUUGUGACCAGCAUACAAAGAUCACUGAGACUGGUGUGAUGUAUAAAAUAAAACAUUUGUUCUAA